AUGGGCAAAAAGUGCAGUCCCAAUCAAAAUAGUCUUAAAAGAUCCUUCUGUGUUUCCACGUCAGAGACAAUAUCGCCUACACCCAGAGACAAAAAAGGGCUUAUUAAAGAUCAUUCAGAACCUCAAACAACAGAAAUUAUAGUGCCCUGCAGUAGCCCAUGUAAUACACCCAUUUUAGGAAUUCAAAAACCCAAUGGGGAAUGGCAAUUAGCCCAGGACCUCAGAAUAAUUAAUGAAGAAGUUGUUCCUCUCUACCCUAUAGUUCCUAAUCUUUACACUCUGUUAUCUGAGAUUCCAGCAGCCACUGCUUGGUUUACUGUGUUAGAUUUAAAAGAUGCCUUUUUCAAUAUACCUUUAGACUCCCAAUCACAGUAUCUGUUUGCUUUUGAGGAACCAGAUAGGAGAUCUCAAUUAACCUGGACAGUAUUACCCCAAGGAUUUGGAGAUAGCCCUCAUCUGUUUGGCCAAACCCUAGCUAAGGACUUAACAGAAUUCAGAAAUGAAACAUCUGUGACUGUCCUCCAAUAUGUAGAUAACAUGCUUUUAUGUGCCUCCACUCAAAAGGAAUGUCAAGAAGCCACUAAAGAACUUUUAAAUUUCUUAGCUGAUAAGGGUUAUAAAGUCGCAAAGAUAAAAGCUCAGUUGUGCCAAAAACAAGUUCAAUAUUUAGGAUUACAGAUGUCUCAAGAAACCCUCAAACUAGGGCCAGAAAGAAUAACCUCUAUAGGACAAUGUCCUCUACCUCAAACCAUAAGGCAACUUAGAGGCUUCCUAGGGAUAACAGGAUACUUUCAAUUUCUUUUACCCUUACAGAUCAACCUUCAGAUUUCUACCAUUGUUAAAUCCCAUGUAGGCUCAUCUAAUUCUUGCCUUCCACCAUCAACACCGUUAACAUGUCACAGUCAUAAGGAUGGCUAUUAUCAGAUUUGGGAUGGAGAUCUAUGGCUCACUCUCACUAUUGGGCAUUUAAACCAAGAAGCCCCAAUCUGUUGGGAACAACAUAACCACACCUAUGACUUAUGGCCUAAUGCUACUCCAGAAUUAGGAUGGACUCCAGAACCACUAUGCCAACAAAUUAUGGUUUAUAACAAUGAUUGGUUUGGAACAGAUUGGCUCUCUAGACCUAAAAUUAUUUGGCCAUCACCCAGUGGGACACAAUGGCCAUGUGGAACCAACUUAUGGCCCUGGUUUCCCCCAGGCUGGAUAAGGUGAUGUACUAUUUGGUACCUCUGGAUGCAGGGGAGAUGGACCCCAAAUAUAGAACAGCCAGCAAACAUCCCCAAUCUCAAACAUAGAUGGGGACAAUCUGUGUUUUGUUGGUAUGAUCAUCUAGCUUCACUGUUUAUUCCACCAACUGGUUUAGAAGAUGUAAUGUGGCACAUGGAAAUUUUAAACAAUUACACUUAAACUGCCCUCCAUGAGGUUGAGGAAAGCAUCUUCCUCCUUAACACUGAAGUAACACUUAUGAGGAAGGCCAUCUUACAAAGCCAAAUGGCUUUGGAUGUCCUCACUGCAGCUCAAGGCGGAACUUGUGCUACUAUUAAAACUGAAUGUUGUGUUUACUUCCCUGACAAUUCUGGCAAUGUGACUAAUAUCCUUAAAGAUUUACAUGCUCUAAUAGAAGCCAUGUCCUCGCCAGCCUUGUCAUGGGAACAGUUUCUUAGCUCCUGGUUCUCUGGUACCUCCUGGUGGAAAACAUUGUUAGUGUCUGUCAUUGUCAUCAUAUUUGGCAUAUUCCUAUGCUGUGGCAUUUAUUGUUGCAUUAAUCUCAUUCCAGUACUAAUAACUUAUUGUUUCUCUUAUAGACCACCCAUCACUCAAAUGACCCUCCAGCCUGUUAGUUCUCAAUCAGACUUUUAUCUUGGACCACUCAAUAGACCUGAUUUUUUAAAAAAGGAACUCCAAACUGCUUGCUUCAUACCACCCUCUUCCAGCUCAAAGAAGCCAGAGUGGUCAUCAUCCCCUUUCCUUAUAGCAGUAAGGAGUUCCUAAAAUUAGAGGGGGAAAUGAAGCCAGAUUUAAAGAUAGGUAGUUAGUGUACUUAGGUAAAUUGGGUCUAAUAUCAAGUACAUAAAGAAAAUGGAGACCAUAUGGAGAAUGGAGUUCAGGAAACCAGAACAAUACCUGGGGAUUUUGAAAUGUUAAUGUCCUCAAAGCCCAGAACCCACCCUAAAGAACUGUUAAUGAAGUAGCUCUCAGCAAACAGGGAGGUGAUAAUCAAACCACCCCAGGCCCUUCCUGCCCAGAUUACUCCUCCCCACCCCAUCAGUCCACCUACAUCCAGCUUUUGGCCUUCCCACCUGAAUUCUAUCACUGCAGGACAGAGGGAAACAAAGGACAGGAAUGUGGGAGGACUAAAAGAAGACCUUAGAUAUAAAAAAGAGAAGUCCUCCCCUUUUCACAGAUUCCGCCUUUUGGGUCCCCUUCUUCCUUUGGGAGGAAGUCUUUUCUGCUGUCCUUUAAUAAAUCCUUCUACUUUCCAUUCUACACUUGCCUGGGCGUGCUUCUCUGGUGCUAUACUUUAGCAUUUUGGGAAGCAAGGAUUCGUCACUGGUAAACAGCAGUAACAAUUGGUGGUGGGUAAUAUGUAACUUUUUGAGUUAUUAAAGAUGACGACGACAGAGAGGGGUAGGUAUCCUUUUGUCUACCAUCCUUCUGUCUGUCUGCACCUUCCCUGUGUGUCUGUGUUUGUCCUUUGUGCUCCUCUUCCACAGGUAUUC